AUGAAUCCCGAUAUUAUUAAGUUACUUAAUGAAUUAAAAACCAACAUAACCACACAAUCAAGCUUAACGGAGAUAGAGGACCUGGACAAGAGUUUUCGCGAAUUAAAAACCGAGCUGCUGAUAAAAAACGAGCAAGUCUCGCAGCUAAGAAAAGACUUGGAAGCUUCGAACGCGAAAAAUCAGGACUUGACGUUGCAGCUGGAAAAAGCGACGCGUACGAUGCAGGAAAACGCGUGCAACUUGAAUUUGGCGGUAAACAAGAUGCGACAAACCGACGAUCAGCUGCGCGAAAUUAAGAACGCGUUUUUGAUUCAGAAUAUGCACUACAAAAUGGUGGAGGCGGAAGCGAAGGCUUUGAAGGAGACAAACCAGAAAAUAUCCAGGGAAAAUUCGGAGUUUUCCAGAAAGUUGGAGGUUUUCGCGACGAAGAGUAAGUGCGAGGGCGUGCUUAGGGAGCAAAUUACCGGCAGCAAGAACAAAAUUGAGGCCUCAAUGGCGGAAAUAAAAUGCCUGAUGGACAAGGUUGCCAACGAGCAUGACUCGAUGAGGAAGUUGGGCAACGACGUGGAAAAAACAAAAGAGGAAAUAACGCGGGAGAAAUCGGCUGCCGAGGAAGUUCAAAGAAUCGCAUCCGAAAGGGACAACUUGGAGAAACUCUACAUCGAAUCGCAAGCGAAAUUUGAAAAGUUGGAGGAGUUAUUGAAACCAAACGCAUCGAGUUUCGCUUCUGCCACUUUCGUGGAGUUGAUCUUGGGAAAAUGGCACGAAUCGCAGAAAAACUACGAAACUUCAAUGACAGUCAGAAACGAUACGUUGGAAAAAUUAGGCAACGAGUUGAAAAACGAGAAAAUCGCCAACGAAAAGUUAAUCUUGGAGAACGAAAAAUUACGGGACGAUUGUCAAAAACAUGCCUCCGAAGUUGCAUUAAUUAAAAUAGAAAAAACAGGACCUGAACAAGAGUUUUCGCGAAUUAAAAACCGAGCUGCUGAUAAAAAACGAGCAAGUCUCGCAGCUGAGAAAAGAUUUGAAAGCUUCGAACGCGAAAAAUCAGGACUUGACGUUGCAGCUGGAAAAAGCGACGCGUACGAGAGUAAGUGCGAGGCCGUGCUUAGGGAGCAAAUUACCGGCAGCAAGAACAAAAUUGAGGCCUCAAUGGCGGAAAUAAAAUGCCUGAUGGACAAGGUUGCCAACGAGCAUGACUCGAUGAGGAAGUUGGGCAACGACGUGGAAAAAACAAAAGAGGACAUAACGCGGGAGAAAUCGGCUGCCGAGGAAGUUCAAAGAAUCGCAUCCGAAAGGGACAACUUGGAGAAACUCUAUAUCGAAUCGCAAGCGAAAUUUGAAAAGUUGGAGGAGUUAUUGAAACCAAACGCAUCGAGUUUCGCUUCCGCGACUUUCGUGGAGUUGAUCUUGGGAAAGUGGCGCGAAUCGCAGAAAAAGUACAAAAGUCAGAAACGAUACGUUGAAAAAAUUAAGCAGCGACUUAAAGAACGAGAAAAUCGCGAAUAA